ACAGAUAAUGGGACAUUAGUCAUCCCCAACAUCCACCGGUCUGAUGCAGGGGAAUAUCACUGCACUGCGGAAAACAGAGUGGGUCAGGAUGUGAGAAGUCUCAUCAUAACUGUAACUGCUUACUCAGAUGUCCCAACUGAUAAGGAAGCACUGAGUAAAACGAUUAUGCCCACUGUUCCAGAGAUUGAGCAAGAGCUUUUUACUAAUUCAUUUCUUUAUGGUUCAAAGCUUCUGAGUAAUACAGAGAUAAAUGAAUCCCUUCAGAAAACAACUGAAGAUUACACGAAGAUAUCUUUGUUAAAUGCUUUUGUGGAGGACUCACCAACAUACUUGAAUCCUGAAUCUACCCAAAACAUAGAAUUAAUUUCACUUAAGCCAAGUUACAUUAGAAAAGGAAGUAAUGAAAAAAUCCAACAUCCCAUUCAAACACAAAAAACAACCCCUGUGCCUCUCAAACCUACACCAUUUACCCCGCUCAAAGAGAUUUUUAUACAGGAUUCGCAUGGACAUAUGCAACCAACAGAGCAGGCCACAAAACCUCCAGUAAUGAAUCCAGACACAAACAGCCCUUCGUCAGCAGACUUAUAUUUCCAUAAAAUGUUGAGCUUUUCUCUGAAAAGUGCCCAGUCCUUUAGCGGACAAACUCAGACUACAGGCUUAACUUUAAUGGAUGUAGAGAAUUUCACUGCCUUGGCUCCUGUUGAAAAGCACCAAAAUCAGAGUCAAAUCAUCAAGCAGUCUGGAGGUACCAAGUCAUCAGUGACGAAUGACACAGACCUUGUUGAGUCACUCAAGAAAAACACCUCACAGGCUCCUAUGAGGACCACUGACAAUAAUUACAGAGAAAAGGAGAAAUCCCAAACUUGGUUGCCUGUGAUUGAGAAGCAUGACAUUCCCAUUGUGGUUGGAGUUGGUGUUUCAUUGGCAUUCAUCUUCAUUACCAUGGCCUUUUACUCUCUGGUUCAGAAAAAUGAUCCUGCAGCUGUACCUACAGGGAGGGCAGCUCUGAGGGGAAUAGGUGGGCCUUGCAGGCAUGGUGAACGUCUUGCAAUGGAAAGGACAUACGAUAACAAGGCAUUUGAAGAUGAUAAUUUGGUGGCUGUCAUUGAGCAAAACCCCAACACAUCAGAGACAAGAGCGCUCCCAACAGAAGGCAGCCCAUCCACCUUGAUGAUGGAACCACCGCCUGAUGACUUGCAAGAGGGUGUCCAGUCCACCCAGGACCUGCCAGUUAUUGUAGAGACUCACCCAGAGCCUAGAGAAGAAGACCAGAUGGAGACUAUAUUUGAGGAAGGGAAGGUCACUCCCUCACCACAUUCUGACAUUCAGCUUCAGUUCAUGGAGGACUGGAGGAGCAGAGAGUUUGAACCAGCUCAGGACACCCCCUCACCUCCUCCAGCCAAUCCACCACCUGCCCAGGAGGAGGGCCUGCGCUCUUCCCUUACCCUCCAGACCAGCGAUCCCUCCUUAACUCCCGUGCGCCACAGCAUCAAUAUCUCCCACAGUUUCUCUCCCCUCAUGCUGUCCCAUUGCGUGUCCCUGGGCAUGACCUCUGUGGCUGUGGAUGUGCACUUCUACCCUUCGGCCCCUUCAGCAGCCGGCCAUCCUCCAUGUCCUGCCUUUGGACCCCCAGGCCAACAGGUGAACACCAGGCUGGAGCAUGAACUGAAUGCACCCUCUACUAGCCACAGUAAAUAACAAGAGUGUGUGACAUAUGUUGAAGUCAUGAGAAAGCUCUUUUUUGAAUUGUUCACCUCACAGGGCAAAAGGCAGUUACGUUAAAGAUGGUACUUAUGUUUUUUUUUUUCUCUCUUUAAUUUUUUUUUUUUUUUUAAUGAUUGUCAAAUUUCCCAUGAUGAAUGACUGUCUGAAUUCCCAUACUUUCACUUUAUGUACUGAAUUCGAUUGAAAUGACUUUGCAUACUACAACCGCCAUACAGGAAUAUGUUUCCAGUAAAAUGGGAUAUAUAUAUAUAUAUAUAUAUAUAUAUAUAUAUAUAUAAUAUAUGUAUAUGUACUCCACAUACAACGC